AUGCCGGUUCAAGCGGCAACCUUCGAGAUCAAGCCAAGUACAAUACAACUCUUGGAGAACCGUUGUGCUUUUUAUGGAUUGAGUCAUGAGGAUCCGAAUGCACACAUUGCCACGUUUUUAGGUGUACUAAACACGUUCAAGCUUCAUAGAAUAACGGCGUAUCAAAUUAAGUUGAGAAUGUUCCCCUUCUCUUUGAGGGACAAGGCUACUACCAUUGAUGUGGCUUUGGGCGGGUCGUUUAUGCAAAAGACUUAUGAAAAAGCUCUUGAAUUGGUGGAGAAAUUAGCCGUGGUUAGUAGUACAUGGGGUCCUAUGGAUAGAAGAGCUCCAUCUAAUCAAAAGUCGGUGAUGACUCUUAACCAAGUGAAGGAGAUUGAGGCCAUAAAAGCAACGAAUGCUUCAUUACAAGCCCAAUUGGACGCCCUCAAGAAACAAGUUCGUCCACGAAACGCGCUGGUGGCUUAUGUACAAGUAGGAUGUAAAUUUUGUGGGGAUUACAAUCACUCAGGGGGAGAAUGCCUAGUCACGGGGCAAGCUUUGAGUGAGCAAGUGAACUACGUUGGGGGUCAAAGGCAAGCUAAUGAUUCUUAUUCUAACACCUACAACCCCGGAUGGAGGAAUCAUCCAAAUUUAGGAUGCAGAGAUCAAUAG